AAAGCCAUUCAGAAAGCCAAAGAGGCCAAGACCGCAUGAGCCACAGCGACAGAAAGAUCGGUGAGGACUCCAGACCUCCUGCUCCUCCUGCCUCCUCCUCCUCCUCGCCCUGUCUGGCCCAGCAGGCUGCCUGCCCCAGCCAAGAAGUGACCAGCAGAGAAGAAGCCCCCGAACCCCCGACUGUUCUCCCCCCUGUGGACGCUGCACCCCCCCCUGAGAGCUUUAACACCAACGCACACCUCCCGUCUGCCGAACCUGCUCAGGUAAAACAUUCUGUACCCAAUCUCUCUGAACCUUCGCCAUGUGAAGCCCCGACGUCUAACACAGCUUCUUCUUCUGCAGCCACCUGCUGCAGCUGCUCCUCUUCCUCCUCCAGCCGCCCUGAAGUCCGCUGCUCCUCCUGCAGCGCCACCUGCUGUCCUCUACUUCCACCUCCUCUCUUCUCUCUGUCCUCCUCCAACAAAGACUUCAUUACCCAGCUCUCCCGGUGGCUCAGCUCUGCCCUGGAGGAGCAGAAGCCAAAGAGGAGAGAGGAAGAGGAGGAGGAGGAGCAGAGGUCCGAGCCCAGAGACGUUCCGGCUCCUGUGGAGGGAACUGAUGUCGGCAGUCACAGUCCGAGCUCCAGGGACGGCUACUUUGAGAUGGGCCUGGAUGACUCUGGGGAGGAGGUGGUGGGCUCCUCCCCCUCCUCGCUGCCGGGCUCCUCCCCCUCCUCGCUGCCGGCUCCUGCGGUGGAGGGGGGGGAGCCUGGAGAGGAGAAGGCGGAGGUCCGGGUCCGCAGAGUUCUGUGGUGCUGCUGUGUUCUGGUCGGUGGAGAGGUGAAGCAGAGGGAGGCGUGUCUGGUGCUGACUGACCGGCUGCUGGUGCUGCUCUGGUGGUCACCUGACUGCCUGUCAGCCAAUCAGGAAAGAGGCCCGGAGCAGAGCCCAGCCGUGGAGGAGGUUCUGUCGGGCCUUCAGGUGGACCUCCUGACGCCGUACUCCCAGGUUCUGCUGACCCGGCAGGCCGAGCUUCCUGCUUCCUGUCUCUCCUUCGGCACCAAAGCCUCUCAGACCCGCUGGUUCCUCUUUGCUGAGGCCGACCAGCUCCAGCAGACCAGAACCGAGCUGAGCGGGCUGCUCCAGGACCCUCAGAGUCCGCCGGAGCCCCACGGAGCUCCUCAGCUGCUGCCUCCCUCGCUCCUCAACUCCUGGGAGGUGGAGGAGAGUCAGGGAGCCCAGGGAGGGUUUCCCGCCCACGUCCUCUGCUCCUCCUCCUCGGCUCCGUCGGGCGCCCCCCCGCUCCUCGCCGAUGUCGGGUCAGAGGAGCCGGGCCUCCUGUCGCUCCUCUUCCUCACACACAGACACCUGUGGGUGCUGCGGAUGGACUUCAGGGAGCUGCUGAGCGAACAGAGCCCCGCCGUCCCUCAGGCCUCCUGGUGCAGGCUGCUCCGUCUGCCCCUCGCCUCGCUGCUCCCUCUCUCUCCGCCCGGACACGGAGCCGACCUCGCCUCCUGCCCCGACCCGCACCACCGCCUCAGGAGUCAUCAUUCGGUGGACCUGCUGGCUGCUGGGCAGAAGCUGCUGCUGCUCUUCCCUCUGGCCCAGGACAGGAGCUCCUUCCUGGGAGAGCUGAGGCGAAGGAGAGCCUCUCUGGAGGGGCUGAAGAUGGUGGCGCUGCCUCGACCCUGCAGGCCCUGCCCGGCCCGACCUGGACCAGGCUGCUGCAGAUCCAGAGAUCCACGCCACCAUCGCUGCUGCUGCUGCUGCUGCUGCUGCAGCGACAGGAAGCCACAGCAUUCCAGCAGCUGCGACCCGAUGAAGCUGCAGGCCGAGGAGAACCAGCCGUCCCCCCACCUGCUGCCGGGUCUGUCCCCCGGACUGAAGCUGCUGGCCGGACUCGGAGGACAGCAGCUGCUGACCUACUUCAGCAGACAUGUGGCUCUGAACCAGUCUGAGGCGGAGGACCUGAGGCACGUCCUCUGGCUCUCCGUGGUUCUCUACACGGCUCCUGAAAGCGAGCUCACCUGCUGCCUGCUGCUCUCCACGGACUCCAUCUACUUCCUGCUGGAGGACGCCGCCUCGGCGCCGGCUCCAGUGAUGGACGCGUCCACCUCUGCAGACCCAGAGACGAGUCUGUGCUGCUGCCUGAGCAUCAGGCUGUCUGAGCUGCAGGCCGUCAACGUGGGGCUGUUCGACCAGUACUUCAGGGUAGUAGGACGCUCGGCCGAGCAGGUGGUGUGCUGCCUCAGCAGGGACAGCUACGGCACCGGCGUCUUCCUGCAGGAGCUGAUGUCGGCCCUCAGCCUGCAGCAGCAGCAGCUUCCCGCCCCGGAGCCGUCGGACCAGGACUUCUACUCCCAGUUCACCGGCACCGGCACCGGUAAGAUGCAGAACUACGAGCUGAUCCACAGCAGCAAGGUGAAGUUCAUUUAUCCCAGCGAGGAGGAGAUGGGAGACCUGACCUUCAUCGUGGCAGAGAGGAAGACCUCGGCCAGCACAGCAUCCUCAUCCUCCAGCUGCUGCAGCAUCCUGCUCUACCUGCUGGUGUUUCAGGUGCAGAUCCCGGGUCAGUGUCCCGCCUCCAGUCCGGCCGCCGACCCGUCUCCGGUCCUGCAGCCCCGGACUCUGAUCCUCACCGGCACCGACGUCUUCCUGCUGGACGAGGACUACGUCAGCUACCCUCUGCCGGACUUCGCAAAGGAGCCUCCGUCCAGAGAGCGCUACCAGCUCUGCGAGGCCCGGAGGAUCCGGGAUCUGGACCGGGUCCUGCUGGGCUACCAGACCUACCCGCAGGCCCUGACGCUGGUCUUCGAUGACCUGCCGGGCCCCGACCUGCUCUGCCACCUCACCAUGGACCACUUCGCCGCCGCCGCCGCCGGGGAGGAGGCCCCGCCCAGAGGGGGCGUGGCCAGCCGAGGCGCCGAGGGCGAGGUGCAGUGGUGCGUCUUCGUCCCGGGCGCCGACAGCAGGGAGCGGCUGAUCUCGCUCCUCGCCCGCCAGUGGGAGGCGCUGUGCAGCCGCGAGCUUCCCGUCGAGCUCACCGGCUGAUUGGACGACGGGGAGAGAACCGCCGUCUGGACCCUGGCGGCACCGAGCCGCCCGCAGGCGACCCGGCUCGUAGUUUUAGGCGUUUUUAGGCCUUAAACUAAAUACCUGCUGCUGGAAAGCAUGGAGGGGUGAGAGCUGCACGUUUUUAAGAACAGCAAAAGAAACAGUUACCGGCGCUGCACUGCAGGGGGCGCUGCACUGCAGGGGGCGCUGCACUGCAGGGGGCGCUGCAGCGCGUCCACAGGAGUUCAGCCAUGAAUAUUUAGGUUGGUGUGACUUUGAAGAGCUUCGCUCAGCACAAAUACCGGGUUAGGGGCGAGCUGCUUGGUCCACAGACCUGCUUCAGACCAAAAGCUGCUUUCAUGUUACAGAGUUCUGCUGCCGGCGGCCCGGUUCUGCUGCAGACGGCCCGGUUCUGCUGCCGGCGGCCCGGUUCUGCUGCAGACAGCCCGGUUCUGCUGCAGACGGCCCGGUUCUGCUGCAGACGGCCCGGUUCUGCUGCCGGCGGCGUCUCUAGAAGUAUAUCAGCACACAGACUCACACGAGUUGCUUGGCACAAUCUACAUUUUAAGUCUUGCACAUUCUAACAGACUGAGCAGUAUUAACUUCUGAAGCUUUUUAUUGAUUAACUUAUCCGGGUCGUUGCUUUAUGACGGACACGAUGUUUUUCCACCCUGAAACUCAACUUUGUGGGGAAAAAUGAGGUUUUCUGACAUUUCCAGCAUGAACUCCUAAAUACUACAGCUGCUGUUGUCGUACAGUGUUAUUUUUUAUAUCUAUUAACGCACAUUAUGAGCGUUUUCCACAUUGUUGUUGUUCCCCCGGCUGACAGGAGAACGCCUCCGCAUUAAAGAGAAACUGAAACCUUC